GGUUGUGGUUAGACUUGAUGAUCUUUGAGAUCUUCUCCACCCUGAGCUGUUCUGUGAUUAUGUGAGAACAGGAGGCUCAGGGGAGACUUCACUGCUCUCUAUUACUGCCUGGAAGGAGGUUGUAAUGAGGUGUUCAGCCUCUUCUCCUACAUAACAGCAAUAGCACAGGAGGUAAUGGCCUCAAGUUGCAGCCAGGGAGGUUCAGGUUGGAUAUUGGGAAACAUUUCUUCUCAGAAAGAGUGGUGAGGCAUUGGCACAGGCUGCCCAGGGAGGCGGAGGGCUCACUGUCCCUGGAGGUGUUCAAGAUACAUGUAACUGUGAUACUGAGAAAUGUGUGUUUGUGGUAUGGUGGGGAGGAGCCAAAGUCUGAACUAGAUGAUCCUGGAGGUCUUUUCCAACCUUAAUGAUUCUUUGAUGUUGUUAUGCAGCUGGACUUGGGGUUCUUGUGCAUUUUGCCUGCGAUGAACAAGUUUGCAUGUUUCAAAUUGAACCUGCCCUCAGCAGCAGUGACAGUACUGCAUGUGUGCCACUGUCAACUGAAGCUCUUUUACAUUAUGCUAUCCCUAAAAUGUCAUCGUGGUUCUGAUGACUAAAGAAUACUGUUCCUAUUCCCUGAGUGUAGAAGACCAUUGUGUAGCCAGAAGUGGAGAGAACUCCCUUGCUGGCUGGUGCAACACUGCUAUUGGGCCCUUUAUUAUGCCUGGUGAAGGUUGAAGGCAAAUGCAAAAAUACCAGGUUGGAUAUUAGGAAAAAGUUCUUCACCAGGGGGUGGUCGAGCACUGGAACAUGCUCCUCGGGGCAGUAGCCAUGGCCUUAAGCUGUCAGAGUUCGAGAAGCAUCUGAACAAUAUUCUUAGAUAUGGGGUUUGGACCUUGGGUGGUUCUGUGUGGGCCCUGGGGUUGGACUUGAUGAUCCUUAAGGAUCCCCUUCAACUCCAGAUAUUCUAUGAUUCUGUUUCUCAAGAGGAAAAAAAAAUAGAUGCCAGCCAAGAAGCCAAAUCAGUGUACUGCAUGUCAGAGGUUAAUCACUUCUGUGUUCCCUCAGCAAAGCUACAGAGCGCUGGUACUCAAGGUGGAUUUGGUCUUUGGAUUCUGCUUGUUGUAGCUGGACUAUACUGAAUUCAUCUUGGUCAUACUUGGGUCUGUAUGCUUUGCUCAGUAGGAUAUCAUCUCUUCUGUUGUCAUCGCUCAGAGAAGACCAGCCGACGAUGGAUGGCGUUAGAUUACGCAGGCAUUUCCAUUGGUAUCCUAGGCUGCUACGUAUCAGGCGUGUUUUAUGCAUUUUAUUGUAGUAAAUACUGGCGUCAGGUGUACUUAAUCACUGUGCUGGCAAUGAUCUUGGCAGUGUUUUUUGUUCAGAUUCAUCCCAAUUACCUCACGCAGCAGUGGCGCAGGCUGCGCUCCAUCAUCUUUUGCUCAGUGUCUGGGUACGGCAUUAUUCCUACUAUCCACUGGGUUUCGCUCAAUGGUGGCAUCGGUGCAGCUAUUGUACAGGAGUUUGCUCCACGUGUGGUUGUCAUGUAUUUCAUUGCUGCUGUAGCAUUUCUCUUCUAUAUUUCCAAGGUUCCAGAAAGAUACUUUCCAGGACAGCUCAACUACCUCGGCUCUAGUCACCAAAUAUGGCACAUCCUCGCAGUAGUGAUGUUGUACUGGUGGCACCAGUCUGCAGUGUACAUCAUGCAGUACCGACACAGCAAGCCCUGUCCUGAGCAUAGCGUGGACUUGUGAGUGAAGAGGCAUUGCAAUAAAACUUCUGACUAUGGGAGUCUGAACCUUACACAUAUGCAGAACUACAAAAAUAAGCACUGAGGCAGUUCCUUUCCAACUUCUGGACUGUUACCCUACUCACUGGGAUGGUACAUUAAUAGGAACGCUGGAGGAAAGAACAGCAUUGCCUGGAUCUCAGUACAGUAUCUGAACACUUCUUGAACACCUCCAGGGUUGGUGACUCCACCACCUCCCUGGGCAGCCCAUUCUACCACCUUGUCAGAGAAGUAUUUCCUAACAUUCAGCCUGAACCUCCCCUGGCACAGCUUGAGACCAUUUUCUCUGAGAUUUGAGAUUCAUUUCCUACUCAUCUUUUCCUGUUCUGCAAUCAAGUACAAAGCAGGGCUUCCUUAGAGUGGGACAGCAAAAAGGUGGUCUGUAAAACUAAGCACUUGGAGCGCUGCAUUAUUUAUUUUCCUGCUUGGUAAAUAUGAACAGCAGAAUUGGAUACCAUUGCUAUGCUAGCAGGCCUGUAUGCCAUGCCUUCAGGUUUUGUUUUAGCACAGAACAAGAAAAACACACUCCCAAUAGCGUGCUGUUAGAACCGUGAAUUAACUGAGUGGCUGGUCUUGGAUCUAAACUGCACUGGUACAGCACGCUGCAUCCUCCAGAAUCAUCAUCUCAGUGAUGUGCAUACGCUUCAACAUCAGGAUUAUAAUGUGUAACAUCAACUUCAGUGGAGUAUUGUACUUUUCUACUUGUUUCUCUUUUUUUCUGGGAGAUGGAUGUUAUCUACUGUACCUAUCUUGAUUUCAAAUCUUGUUUCCUCAAGUACAGGUGGUGCCAUUACUUCAGCAAAUCUCUCUGCAGCACUUUGGUGCUUCUGAGUAGUCUUACACUUGCUGUUACCCUGCAACUAGUAGAGAUGCAAAGGAUUUUUUUUUUUCUAGGUUACAUGUUCUUUUAGCAGGUGUUAAAUAACAAGCUCAGAGUAGUAAGAAAGCUGUGAAUUCAAGUCACUGAAACUUUGGCCUUUUAAUACGACUUAUGCUGUACUUCCAACACUUCAUUAGUCAAAGUGAUUUAUUGCCAUAUACUUUCUGCAGUAAAAGGACAGCCUUGGGUUUUUACACUCUGCAGUUAAACCACGUCUUGUAAUGUUAACACUAAGGAGACAUGAGCUAUGCAGGUUGUUAGAUACCUGGUGCUCAGCAUGAAGCUCAGUGGGUGCCAGCCUGGAGGCUGGCAGGGUGCUGUUCAGUCCCACCAGAGCUGCCUCUGUCCUGGGCAAAACAUUCCCAGCUCCCUCAGCCUUCUACACAGGGAACGUGCCAAGGAGAUGUGGCCAAGGGAAUAGCGAUAGACAUUUACUGACAAGUAUUUACCUCAUAGAAGGGAUGGAGGAGGCAGGACCCUUCCUCUUCUACUGGUACGUUAGAGAGCAAUGCUGUCAGUGAAGCUCAGUGAGGAUUUGGUGGUUUUUUUCUUCCCAGACCCAGAAACAGUUACUAGAAACAACUAAAUGCACUUGAAAUUCAAAUCUCUGUCUUCUGAGCCUUCCAUUAUGAACACUGAUUUUUUUUUUUCCUUUUUAAACUUGACAGCAGAGUAAGUUUAAAGUGCACGACUGACUACCGUUGAAGCCUGACAAGAACUCUGCCAUUGUUAAAGCCUGUUUUCAGUGUUAGGUGAUCAAUAACAUUGGAAGAAUCUGUGACUGUGUACUGAAAACAAACUCAUCUGGCAGUUUGCUAAUAUUUGUUUUCCAAACCAACUACUGUAGCAGUUUGCACUGAUGAGAAAAGAUGGUGAAGUUGUACAUUUUUAUUACCCUGAAUUUAUUGAACUGCAUGAUGGCCUUUUCUGUAAAUACCAAACCUGUAAAUAAAUUUUGGUUCAUUGGG